GACAACCCCUCCCGAACGACACCUCCCGUCCGUUACACCUCUCCCCCCGGUUCAUUCUCAAUCGCCAUCAACAUACAAAAUGGCUGACGCUCCCCGUGGACGUGGAGGAUUUGGCUCGCGCGGUGACCGUGGUGGUGACCGUGGCCGUGGCCGUGGUCGUCGUGGUCGUCGCGGCGGCCCAAAGGAGGAGAAGGAAUGGCAGCCCGUCACCAAGCUCGGCCGUCUCGUCAAGGCCGGCAAGAUCACCAGCAUGGAGCAGAUCUACCUGCACUCUCUGCCCGUCAAGGAGUACCAGAUUGUCGACUUCUUCCUGCCUAAGCUCAAGGAUGAGGUCAUGAAGAUCAAGCCCGUCCAGAAGCAGACUCGUGCCGGUCAGCGCACUCGUUUCAAGGCCGUCGUUGUCAUCGGUGACUCCGAGGGUCACAUCGGUCUCGGUAUCAAGACCUCCAAGGAAGUCGCUACCGCCAUCCGUGCCGCCAUCAUCAUUGCCAAGCUCAGCGUUCUGCCCGUCCGGAGAGGUUACUGGGGUACCAACCUCGGUGAGCCUCACUCUCUGCCCGUCAAGCAGAGCGCCAAGUGUGGUUCCGUCUCCGUCAGACUUAUCCCCGCUCCCCGUGGUACCGGUCUCGUUGCCUCCCCCGCUGUCAAGCGUCUCCUCCAGCUUGCCGGUGUCCAGGACGCCUACACCUCGUCCUCCGGUUCCACCAAGACCCUCGAGAACACCCUCAAGGCUACCUUCCUUGCCGUCGUCAACACCUAUGGCUUCCUCACCCCCAACCUGUGGAAGGAGACUAAGCUCAUCCGGAGCCCUCUGGAGGAGUUCAGUGAUGUUCUGCGCCAGGGCAAGAAGUACUAAUUUAGUGCUGUGACGGGAUAAAUUUGCAUGACUGUUUUUGAUCGGACUAUUUUC